CUCCUCAUAACCGCCCACGAACAUAGAUACAGAGCGAGUGCGAGUAAGUUCAUAGCUAAUGGCGGAGAAGCCCCAGCCUGUUCGAGUUUUAUACUGCGGAGAGUGCGGAUUACCCGCGGAGUACUGCGAGUUUGGGCCUGAUUUCGAGAAGUGCAAACCAUGGUUGAUCCAGAACGUACCGGAUCUCUACCCGGAUCUUCUAAAAGAGGCUGAUGUGAAAGACGCUGAUAAAGUAUCUGAUCAGCUUCAGUCCACCUCAAUCUCUGGCGCAGGUUCGUCUAAACCUAAGCAGGAAGAAGUAAAACGUCUUCCUGGUGGAAAGAUUAAAAAGAAGGAGAAGCAGGAAGUUAUUAUUGAAAAGAUGACUCGAAACAAGCGGAAAUGUAUCACCACUGUCAAAGGCCUAGAGCUUUUCGGGGUUAAACUGAGCGAUGCAUCAAAGAAGCUAGGCAAGAAGUUUGCUACUGGAGCUUCUGUCACUAAGGGUCCAACUGAGAAGGAGCAAAUUGAUGUUCAAGGAGACAUAUCAUAUGACAUUGUGGAGUUUAUUACAGACACAUGGCCUGAUGUUCCGGAGGCUGCAAUUUUCUUUAUUGAGGAUGGGAAAAAGGUUCCGGCUGCGUAAAUGCCAACUGACCCUUGAGGCCUGAAUUUCACCGAAAGAAAGAUCUCAAAUCGAAGGUCUUACGAUUCCAAAGUUUAAGAACGACUUUUUAAUGCCCAUUUAGAUUAAUAUUUUAACACUCAUAGUCAUGGUAUAUGUACCAAAUUUUUAUAUGGUCUCACAAUUCAGAUGUGUUGAAAUUAAUGAAUUGGUUUGUACAGUGGCCACAAUGCUCUUUGUUUAUGCAUUUUGACAUGAUGCGGAGAUCAAAGUUUCAGCUUUGAUGGUUUCGUUUUUA